AUGUCACGACUGUUGGUUAUUACCCAGUUGCUAGGACUGGCAGCUCUCCUUCUUUCGCCAGCUUCAUCGGCUCCUACUACCGAUUGCGAUUGGCGGAACGCAAGCGAGGUCACAACAUUGCAGUCCGUCCCUGGGACACAGUCGCUCGAGAACAUUGCCGUUCGGGAAAAUGGAAAUCUUCUGGUCACGUCUACAGCCUCGCCGACCCUUUUCGACCUGUCGCCUGAAGCCAAGCAUGCGCCCAUCCCUGUUGUUACUAUCGACGGCGUCAACAGUCUCCUCGGAAUCACCGAAAUAGGCGAGAAGGAUGUCUUCUACGUCCUCGGAUCAAACCUGACCUCGACUGAAAACUCGAACGGCUUGUGGAAAGUCGACCUCCGCAACUUCAGCACCUCGCACAACGGGACUGUGCUCGAACCAGCAGUCCUUUCGCUCGUCACGCUCAUCCCAUCCGCUCUUCAGCUUAACGGCAUGGCUCGCUUAGCCAAGAACGACACCCAGAACUUGCUCAUGUCCGACUCUGCCCGUGGAACCGUUCUUCGACUUAAUGUGAACACAAAAGCUGUCGAGACGGUCCUUUCUGAGCCCGAGAUGGCUCCGGUAUCAUCGAGUUCGAGCAUCGGCGUCGCUGUCAACGGAAUUCGCAUCCGGGGCAACAAACUCUAUUUCGUGAGCUUGGACCAAGGCCUAUUAGGCAGAGUCCCCAUCUCCCUCACCACCGGGACGGCCACUGGCCCCGUUGAGACUCUGGCCACCAACAUCACCUUUGGUGACGACUUCGCACUGUCCAGAGACGGCAAGACUGCCUACGUUGCAACGAACGGCCCUCUGGAGGUUCUUGGAGUAGACUUGGUACAUGGAGGAAAGACUGUUGUUGCGUCCUCGCCUCUCCUCGGGGCUGCUUCUUCGGUGACUCUUGACUUGCACCACCCUCGCAAGGUGUUGUACGUGACAGGCGCCGUGGCAUCUGGCAACAGCACUGUUGGCCAUGUGUCCCGCGUUACUUUGAGGUGCUAG